AUGGGGUUCAAUUCGGGUUCGUCGGUGAUUUUCGCGGGUAUCUGCGGCUUCGCCAGCUUCGUUCUACUGGUCACCGCCCUCGCAACCGAUUACUGGUUCAUUAUCGAAAUGAAUCCAGGGAACACGAGCGACUUUGAGGACCUGAGUUCCAACUCGGGACUGUGGAGAACCAACGAGGGUGGGAAGGUCCACUCAUUCAAAGCUGAUGCUUCCAUUUACUCUGAGGCUGAGCUCUACAUGCUGAACCUGCACAGUGCCAUUGUGGUGCUGCUUCCGUUCAGCCUGGUGCUCCUGCUGUUUGGCGGCAUCUGCGGAUUGGUCAGCUACCUGGCUCGCAGUCCCACCCUCCUCUCUGGCACCGGUUCCUAUUUCUUUGUCUGCAGCCUGCUGACCCUGUGUGGUGCGAGUCUCUACAUCCUCUAUUCCUACGAGGCCGUGGCUGAGACCGAGCGGCAGGCGGGGCCCCAGGGCAUGGCCCUCAUCCGCACCUCUUUCGGCUGGUCUCUGCUUCUGGUCUGGUUGUCCUACGGCCUGGAGCUCCUCACCGGUGCGCUGCUGCUCGUAGCUGCACACAUGAUCAGGCUGCAGCGCAGGAGCCCCACCGUAGACUGAAGCAAGUCUCCAAGGUGGGUCCAACGUGCUUACAACUGGGUCUCAACUGCUC